AUGUUCGCGUCGCUGCUGCGUCCCAAACGCCAACGCGAUCAGGUUGAUCAGUCGCCUUUUUCAACCCCUUCUCCAUGGUAUCGUGGCCCGCGCGAUGACCCCCGACGUGUCAACAGGUCCGGCGAUAGUAGCGAGGAUGAUGCGCCGGAGCUUCAUGGGAUCGAUGAAGAAGACAUGGACGAGGACUGGGACGGAGAGGAAGAGGAAGAUGGCCCACUCGAGUCAACACCUCUCUUGCCCAUGUUCUCUGCGUCGCAUCUCGACGCGCUGCCCGUUUACAACAUCACUCAUGCCAUCCGUCCAUUGAUUGCCUCUCGAUGCGAAACAACCUUGACAUGGGAUCAAUUACGUUCGCCGCAGGUGUCCCAGUUCCUGAUCAAGCCGAUACUGCAGAAGAUUAUGUCAACUCAGUUUUCACGCGCGACACUCUACGCACUGAUGGCCAAUUGUCUACAAUUUGAGAAGGAAAUGCAUCUGAGUCCGGGGAAUAGCGGGGCAAAUCAGACACGGGCCAUGGUGAGCGAACUAUUGGCGAUCAAACUGCUCAGGGAAUAUUCGACGCGUGAGUUGAUUGAUGCGUUGUCGUAUGAGUUCUAUCCGCUCCAAGGCCAAGACUCUUCCACUGCAUUGGCACCCGGUCCCCAGAGAAAACGGGUAGUUGUUGCCCGCGUCUCUUGUCUAGAGGUGGCUAUUCGCGCACAGGCUAAACGGUUUUUGGCCCAUCCUGUGGUUGUGCAGCAAUUGGAAGCUAUUUGGGCUGGAACAGUUGUCUUUCACUCGGCUGCCGACAACUUACAUCGCCGUGUGAAUAGGAACCGAGGAGAUAUGGACUAUGGAACAUCAAUAGACCAGAAUGGAACCCUCGGAACAACACCAAGCAAUGGAACCCUUCGACGCUCAGUGUCUCUUUACAACCCCCGUGAUGCAUCUCUGUUCAAGUUGUCACGGUUGCGAGUGCCACGCUAUCGACAAUUUCUUUCCACCUUGUCCUAUGCAGUGCUCUUAGGGCUGUUUCUAGCUGUGCUGGAACAGCGCAGCCGUAGAAUCACAUCACUCGAGGUUGUGUUUUGGUUCUGGAGUACCGGCUUCAUGCUUGACGAAAUUGUGGGAUUCAAUGAACAGGGAUUCAGCCUCUAUUUAAUGAGUUUUUGGAAUCUUUUCGACUUGGGCAUCCUGCUAUUGCUUUUCGCGUAUUAUUGUUUGCGGAUCUACGGAUCAUUCUUGACCUACCCUAGAAGCCAACUGGUCACAGACCAAGCUUUCGAUGUUCUUGCGGCCACGGCACCCUUGCUAUUCCCUCGGUUGUUCUCCAUCUUGGACCAUUAUCGCUACUUCUCGCAACUGCUGAUUGCGUUCCGAAUCAUGGCAUCUGAUCUGAUUGCAGUCUUUGUCCUCAUCGUCAUUGCCUGUUCUGGGUUUUUUGUCGCAUUCUUAAGCUUUGGUGACAGCAAUUCCCCAAAAGUGGUGGCAUAUGGUUUGUUCCAAAUGUUGAUGGGCUUUACACCUACUGCAUGGGCAAUGUGGGAUGAGUACAAUUUCUUAGGAAAGGCGAUCCUAACGGUUUUCCUAUUUAUUUGUCAUUUCGUCGUCGUCACGAUCUUGAUUACUGUUCUGACCAACUCCUUCAUGAGGAUUGUCCAAAAUGCCAAUCAAGAACACCAAUUCCUGUUUGCCGUCAACACCAUCUCGAUGGUCAAGUCCGAUGCCUUGUUCUCCUAUGUGGCACCGGCAAAUGUCAUCGCCUGGCUGGUGACACCGUUCCGAUACUUAAUGCCUUUCCGGGAGUUCAUUCGGCUGAACCGGACCAUUAUCAAGAUCACCCACCUACCCAUUCUCUUUACAAUUUUCCUCUAUGAGAAGACGAUUCUUAGUGCGCAAUUUAUUCAGCCGAUGGAUCUUAUUGAGCCGACAUCACCAAAUGUGACUUCAGCUCCCAAGCAAUGGGGGCCUAGUCGAUUCCGCGGGUUUAGCAGCAGGGUAUCACGUAUGGUACGAGCACCAUCAGUGGCCACUUUCCAGAAAGAUCAAGCAUUAGAAGAAGUGUUCCGACGGCCAUACAGUGACGAUCGAAUUCGACGUCCACCAAGUACUGUGCACGAACGCCAGACCGACAAUGUCAUCAAAGACUGGAUGCAGGAAGUUGGUUCUGGGCCAGCCAACGGCCCUGAUGAGCAAGAUUCUGUCGUGGUGGACCAUCUUGAGAGGGACCCACGACGACCCAAGCUUCCCUUCCGCAGUCAAUUGACCUCUCGCCCUCGCAACUUUACAGAAACGACCCGGUCAGUGGCCUCAAAUCCCGAAGACCGAACAAGUCGGAUCGCAAGUCCAAUGAUUCGGCCUCGGCGCACAAGACUUGGCUCACCCAGUCACAAACGAGCGCCCUCGCACCAUACGGAUAUGGAGGGCGAUGAUGAGUUGACCAGCAAUGAUGGAGACUCAAAUGACGACAAACACUCGGCCCCAGGAUAUAUCGGUAACACUCUGGAUCAGGCCGAAGCCUCCGAAAAACCUUCGCCUAAGUUCUACAGCUCUCGCCCGUCUACCGCAAGGAUGAUUUCUCGCCGCAACAGUCCGACCAGACGUCCCAGACACAAUCGCAAUGCUUCUGGUGUCACCAUGCUGUACAACCCGGUAGGAUCCCCGAACGAAGAGACCGAUGGCCAGACUACACCUCCACGACCCAACGCAGACUCCUCCGACGAGGAGCGUAUGCCUGUUGUCUCUGCUUCAAUGGACCAGGGCACCAUGAAACGACACAUCCUGGACGUUUCUCGGCCUCGAAACUCCCCCCUCGCACUCAAUCAGAUGUCCGUCCCAGAACUGGACAGCAUCUAUCUAUCUGAUCGACAAACAGUGGCACAGCCUCGCUCCUCUCUGCUUUUUGAUCUCGGUUCUGACCUCGGCGACAACAAGGCAGUAGCAGGCGGCUUAAGCGGUUUCCCUGGUGCAGUCCCAUCCAGCUUCCAAACACAGAUGGGUUUCGCUGCAGGAUUGCGUCGCGAUAUUCCAAACCAAACCCAAGACAUGCUCAGCAAGCUAGUUUUAGCUCGCAUGAACAACAUCGAAGAAGGAUUUCGUGAAGUCAUCAAAGAAGUCAAAGAUCUCCGCCGCAGCGAAUCUAGUCGCAGCCCCAGCCGACCGGAUGAAGCUCGCGGAGCAGCUCGUGAGAAAAAGAAGCGUGGGGAUAAGAAGAAGCGGAGUCAUCCCUCACCUGGAAGCUGGGCCGGCAGUGGUGGAGAGCCCUCGAAGGGCGAUGGACCGGGCGAUGACACAUUGCCAUCUACAUAA